AAACCUAAAAUCUAAUUACACGCCGGCGAUUAGCGUUAUUAUUACAAGAAAGAGAGAGGUUGACUACAGACAAUGGCGGUUCCGAGGGGAGACAAUGGUUUGAUGGAAGAAGAGGAUGUUGACGCUGUUAUCGAGGAAAACGGUGUUGACUACGAAAGCGAUCCCGAGCUUUCCUCUAACCUCCGUGACUUAGCCGCCGCAUCUCAGUCCGGCGACGUCGUCGCCUUGCGCACCGCCAUUGACAAGUUGAAUGGGAGAGUUGAUGAGCCCCUUGAGGAUAACGACUCUGCACUUCACCUGGCGUGUCUCUACGGUCACCUCCCUUGCGUUCAGCUUCUCCUGGAAAGAGGUGCUAAUAUGGAGGUCAAAGAUGAAGAUGAAGCCAUUCCUCUACAUGAUGCUUGUGCUGGAGGGUACUUAGAGAUAGUAGAGCUUCUUUUUAGCCGAGCUAGUGGUCCUGAAUGUGUGAAGAGGAUGAUUGAAACUAUCGAUGUAGAAGGCGACACUCCUCUACAUCAUGCAGCGAGAGGUGAGCACGUCAACGUAAUUAGUUUUUUGCUGAGUUCAGGUGCUUCACCAACAGUCAAAAACUCAUAUGGGAAGACUCCAGGUGAGUUAGCUGAUGUAAACACUGAUGCUAGGAGGAUCCUCGAAGCUGCCACUGGCGGCGACUCAACUUAGCUCCUAGUGUUUCUGCAAAAUUCUUGAGCCAGUUUUUGCGUGUCAGUGAAGUCAGGGGACAUUUUUCAAAAUGUUCUCGGUUAUCUUUGACUGUUCUUAUACAAAGGAUUAUAACCUAAGAGUUUUACAAUGUUGUGUCGGUUUCGAAUAUCAAAUUUGUUAUCAGAUUUAA